AUGCACAGAACAUAUUCCUUAAGAAGCCAAAGAGCACCCACUGCUGCUCAGUUACAAUCGCCCCCACCACCACCCUCGUCGACCAAGAAUCGUUUUUUCGGUAAAGGAGGCUCCAUAAGCCAUACUUUCCGUAAAAACACUGCUGGUUCGUUUGGUCCCGAAUUGGCCAGAAAAUUGGCCCAAUUAAUUAAGAUGGAGAAAAAUUUAAUGAGAUCAAUUGAAAUCACCGCAAGAGAACGUAAAGACGUUGCUAAACAAUUGAGUUUAUGGGGGGAAGUUAACGAUGAUGAUAUUAGUGAUAUAACUGAUAAAUUAGGGGUUUUAAUUUACGAAAUUGGGGAAUUGGAAGAUCAAUUCAUUGACCGUUAUGAUCAAUAUAGAAUUACCGUCAAGUCCAUUAGGGAUAUCGAAGGUAGUGUUCAACCUUCCAGGGACCGUAAACAAAAAAUCACCGAUCAAAUUGCUUACUUGAAGUAUAAAGACCCUCAGUCCCCCAAAAUUAACGUUUUGGAACAAGAAUUGGUGAGAGCAGAAGCCGAAUCGUUGGUUGCUGAAGCUCAAUUAUCCAAUAUCACCAGGGAAAAAUUGAAAACCGCCUUUAACUAUCAAUUUGAUUCCAUUAGAGAACACGCUGAAAAAAUCGCCUUGAUUGCCGGUUAUGGUAAAGCUCUCUUGGAGUUGUUGGAUGAGUCUCCAGUGACCCCCGGUGAAACCAGAGCUGCUUACGAUGGUUACGAAGCUUCCAAACAAAUUAUUAUCGAUGCCGAAAAUGCGUUGGCUUCCUGGACUUUUGACAGUGCUGUGGUGAGACCCACCUUAUCCUUGGCUAACGAAGACUACGACGACGAUCAACUAAUCGAAGAAACUGAAAACUUACAAGUUACCGAACAAGAUUGGGAUAACGACGAUAAAAUUGUAGCAUAA